AUGCACGGCACCGACUUUCCGACAAAUGGCCACACUAAUGGGCCGCUUUCCGCACGUGAUUCCGCGUCUUCCGUCCUGUCCUCGAUUGGUAGCCCUGGUGUCGGCCAACUACUCUACUGCAUGACCAGCACCACCAACACCAGCUUCACCAGCUUCACCCAGCUUCACUUUGUCUUCUUGUUUUCUUCUCUCACCAUCGCGAGCCAAUCUCCUACUUGCACAUCUUUCGCCUUGCGUGCGCGUCUGCAAGAGGGAGGGCAGCAUUGCAUUCCAAACAUGGUUUCGGGGAAUGGGAACAGCGCCCAACCAUCCUGGCAGGGUCUGCCUGUUUACAAACGGCGCUUUCAAGAGGUUGGAUGCCUCGUCAGGCAUAUCCUCGUGGACAGACCUUCCCAUGCUGCUCUUGCAUGCCUAUCAGAACACGCAUCUGUGCUCGAUUACCUCUGCACUCGGACGCUCUUCUUGGAUCGCGGGAGACGAGUACGGUAG